AUGGUUUACCAGAAAGAUAUCUCAAACAGUAGAGGUGAUUACCAAACCUUACACACUAGCACAAUGCUUCAGUUUUUACUGGAAAAGGUAACAGUCGAUGAGAAGAAAAUAAAUGUCAUACUCCAUGGGACAGGAUAUCAGAGGACUUUUAUUGAAUGGAAUGACACCGGAAAAUCCUCAGGAGGCACUGUCAACAGCUAUUCUUUUGCUGUCUCCGCAGCUAGAUUCACAGCUCAAAACGUCAGCUUCAGGAACACAGCACCAGCACCCGAGCCUGGAGCGGAAGGCGCACAGGCAGUAGCUCUGCGGAUUGAAGGAGACCAAGCUGCUUUCUACGGGUGUGGAUUCUACAGUGCUCAGGACACACUCCUGGAUAAUGCUGGACGACAUUUCUUCAAGGAUUGUUUCAUACAAGGUUCCAUUGACUUCAUCUUUGGCAUGGGAAGAUCGCUUUACCAGGACUGUACGAUUAGGUCCAUAGCAAAGGAGAGCACCUCAGGGAUUAGUGGCUGCAUCACAGCUCAGGAUAGAACAUCAGAAGCUGAGAACACAGGAUUUUCUUUUGUAAACUGCAAGAUAUAUGGAACCGGUAAGGUGUGGUUAGGGCGAGCAUGGAGACCAUACGCGUCAGUUGUCUUCUCCAACACAUAUAUGUCCAAUAUAAUCUCUUCAGAGGGAUGGAACGACAUGAGAGAUCCAAACAACGACAAGAAGGUCUAUUUCGGAGAGCAUAGAUGCUUUGGAGAUGGAGCAAACCAAAAAGGAAGAGUUCCAUACAGUAAACAGUUGACAGAUUCUCAUUUCACCAGCAUAUCAUAUAUCGAUGGUGAUGAGUGGCUCCAUUAAACUACCGUACUCUACAAGUUUUAGAAUUGAUGCAGCUGCAGCGCCAUCUUUACCAGUUAUUAGUUUGUUUUAUUUCCUUUUAAUGAACGUAAGCAUUAAUUGAUGCAGCUGCAGCGCCAUUUAGUUAACCGACCCCUCAUUUCCAACUAAUUACAUCCUCGUGAACAUGAAUUUGAGGUCCAUUUCGUAUUAUUAUUUAUGCACUGAAGAGAAAGGAGAGAUUUAAGUUUUAGGCCAACUAAAUGUUAAUCCAAACUGAUGCAGCUUGGCGAGCGGAUCUCGAUUUAGCUGGACUAGGAUGGAUACUAGACUCAGGCGAAAACAGAGUCUCUUUCAUGGCUCACUGUCAUCACCGUUAGCUCCCCAUUGGUUCCGAGAAGCUAUACAAACUUGCAUUGAAAAGGGACUCCGUCAAGCAGGCUUUGAAACCGACUCGCUUAAACUGGUGAAAGCCCUCUAUUCAGAAUCACCAAUAGCAGAAAUCUAUGGGAUUGUAGCUGAUAUAAUUUGUUUGACUUCAGCUUUUGAUUUUAUCUCUUUUGUGUAGAUUCAUCAUG